AGCAGAGUGGUGAGGGUGGUGUUUGGGAUGCGGAGAGCCGUGUAGGAGCUAAGUGGGCACCUUACCUUAACGCCAUCUGCUUCCUGUGCCGCUUCAAGAUGGAUUAGAGCCUUUACGCCUCCAGAGAUCAAAGGUGGCUGUGACAGGGGGACCCCCGGGGCAGGACCCAUGAGGAGUCAUAGAAGAUGCUCGCAGCCUGGGCGCCUCUGCUCCUCUUAGCCAUGUGGGUGAGAUGUACCUCCGCUGGGCCGCUCUCCUUCAGAAUAGCCGCCAUACUUGACGACCCAAUGGAGUGCAGCCGGGGUGAGCGAUUGGCCAUCACUCUGGCAAAGGACAGCAUCAACCGGUCCAGUAACCGCUCCACCACGGGAAAGCUGGAGGUGGACAUCUUUGAGCUGCUGAGAGACAGUGAAUAUGAGAUGGGAGAGACCAUGUGCCAGAUCCUGUCCAAGGGAGUGGUGGCAGUCCUAGGUCCCUCUGCCAGCCCUGCUUCCAAUUCCAUCAUCAGCAAUAUCUGUGGAGAGAAAGAGGUUCCCUAUGUGAAAGUGGCCCCUGAGGACAUUCUGAAGGUUCAGUUCCCCCGCUUCACCACCCUGGACCUGCGCCCCACCAACACAGACAUCAGCCUGGCCGUGGCUGGCCUGCUCACCUUUUUCAACAGCACCACAGCCUGCCUCAUCUGUGCCCAGGCCGACUGCUUAUUAAAUCUGGAGAGACUGCUACGCCAGUUCCUCAUCUCCAAGGAGACCCUAUCGGUUCGCAUGCUGGAUGACAGCCAGGAUCCCACACCCCUUCUCAAGGAGAUUCGCGAUGACAAGACUGCCACCAUCAUUGUGGACGCUAACGCCACAAUGUCCCACAUCAUUUUGGAAAGAGCGUCGGAGCUGGGCAUGCUUUCCGUCUACUACACCUACAUCUUCACCUCGCUGGAAUUCUCUCUGCUGCGAUUGGAUGACGUGCCCAGUGAGCGGGUGAACAUUCUGGGCUUUUCCGUCUUCAACCGAACACACCCCUUCUUCCAGGAUUUCCUCCUCAGCCUCAACCGUUCCUGGCAGGAAAACUGUGACCACGCCCCCUUCGCCGGCACACCGCUAUCGUCGGCGCUGCUGUUUGACGCAGUGCAUGCGGUGGUGGCGGCGGUCCAGGAGCUCAACCGUAGCCAGAACGUGGGCGCCACGCAGCUCUCUUGCAAGUCCUCCAAGAUCUGGGAGCAUGGCACCAGCCUCAUGAACUACCUGAGGAUGGUAGAAUUGGAAGGACUAACGGGCCACAUUGAAUUCAACAGCAAAGGCCAGCGGUCCAACUACGCCCUGCGGAUCAUGCAGAACAGUAGAGACGGCCUAAGGCAGAUUGGCCAGUGGCACUCCGAGCAGGGCCUGUCCAUGGAGAGGAAGCUUCCAUCAAUCAACGUGACAGACACUCUCUUCAACACCACCCUCACCAUCACCACUAUUCUGGAGAACCCUUACGUGAUGCUGCGGCCGAACCACCAGGAGAUGGAAGGGAACGAGCGCUAUGAGGGAUUCUGUGUGGACAUGCUGAAGGAGCUGGCGGACAUCUUGAAGUUCAAGUACUGCAUCAAUCUGGUGGGGGACGGGGUGUACGGGGUAUCGGGGACCAACGGUACCUGGACGGGCAUGGUGGGAGAGCUCAUCUCCAGGAAAGCGGACCUAGCCGUAGCGGGGCUCACCAUCACCGCGGAGAGGGAGAAGGUCAUCGAUUUCUCCAAGCCUUUUAUGACCCUGGGAAUCAGCAUCAUGUACCGUGUGCACUUGGGCCGCAGACCUGGCUACUUCUCCUUCCUAGACCCUUUCUCCCCUGGGGUGUGGCUCUUCAUGCUGCUAGCCUACCUGGCAGUCAGCUGUGUGCUCUUUCUGGUUGCCAGACUCACCCCCUAUGAGUGGUACAAUCCCCACCCCUGCCUGAAGGGGCGCUGUAACCUCCUCAUCAACCAAUACUCGCUAGGCAACAGCUUCUGGUUCCCCGUGGGGGGGUUCAUGCAGCAGGGGUCCACCAUCGCCCCCCGCGCCCUCUCCACGCGCUGCGUCAGUGGAGUAUGGUGGGCGUUCACCCUGAUCAUCAUCUCGUCCUACACGGCCAACCUGGCUGCCUUCCUCACUGUCCAGAGGAUGGAGGUGCCCAUCGAGUCAGUGGACGACCUGGCUGAUCAGACGGCCAUCGAGUACGGCACCAUGCACGGGGGCUCCACCAUGACCUUCUUCCAGAACUCGCGCUACCAGACGUACCAGCGCAUGUGGAACUUCAUGCACUCCAAGCAGCCCAGUGUGUUUGUGAAGAGCACGGAGGAGGGCAUCGCCCGCGUGGUCAACUCCAACUAUGCCUACCUGCUAGAGAGCACCAUGAACGAGUACUACCGGCAGCGCAACUGUAACCUCACCCAGAUAGGAGGUCUGCUGGACACCAAGGGCUAUGGCAUCGGCAUGCCAGUGGGGUCAGUGUACCGGGAUGAGUUUGACCUUGCCAUCCUCAAGCUGCAAGAAGACAACCGCCUAGAGAUCUUGAAGAGGAAAUGGUGGGAUGGUGGCAAGUGUCCAAAGGAGGAGGAUCACCGUGCCAAAGGACUAGGCAUGGAAAACAUAGGCGGUAUCUUCGUGGUGCUGGUGUGUGGUCUGCUGGUGGCCAUCUUCAUGGCGGUGCUGGAGUUUAUGUGGUUUCUGCGGCAGACGCCCGGAACAGAGCUGUCGGUGUGUGAGGAGAUGCUACGGGAGCUCCAGGGGAUCGUCCUGUGCCGGGACAGCCUACAGCUGAGGCGUCGGCGGGGAACAACCAUGCUCCGUCCUCGCUCCCUGCCCCUGGAAGAGCGCCGGGCAAGGGCGGCUGCCGUCAGCCUGAGCAAUGGCAAGUUGUGUGGCGCUGCCGCCGGCCUGCCCCUCUCCGAGCCCCUCUCCCACAGACUGGCGCAGGAGGCGGCUUUGGUGGCGCGUGGCUGCAGCCACAUCCGCAUCUGCCCCGAGUGCAGGCGCUUCCAGGGGCUGCGCGCCAUGCGUCCCGGGGGAGGCCCCAGCCACGGCGCCUCGCCCACCCACAGCGAGGAGAGCAUAGAGUGGGAGAAAACGACCAACAGCAGCGAACCCGAAUAACAAUGACCCCCUCCCCCUUGACCUGGACAACCCUUUUUUACCUACCUAGACCACCACACACCCACUGUACCCAGUAGGCAUAUCUCCACAAGGGCAACAGGGGGCAUCAUGGGAAGGUCAUGUGGUACUGUGACAGGAGCUGCCUUGAUCCUGGUGUAUUUGAUCUGGGAGGACGGUGGCUGGGGCAUUGGCUUUGGCUGUGGAAAUUCUGGGCACGUCCCCCCUGGAAGGGAUCUUUGAGUUGAGUGGAGCUCUGGAAUGAUGCCCUGGGCUUAGUGUUGGAACUCCCGUUGUACAUGUCCAUAGAGACUACCAGAGGAAGUCCGUGAGGUGGGACCCGACCUCUCUGUAUGGGCUGUCUGUCUCGAAGGCCCUAUGCCCUGUCUAGGAUGUGAAGGACACAGGUUACGGGGCAUUUGUACUAUGCAGUAUUUUCUGUCACUCGUGCUAAUUGUUGAUUUGUUUAUAAAUUAUUUGUCCUUUUGUUGUGUUCUUGAUAUUGACCAUAUUGUUACUCUUCUAUUGUUCUCUGAGACGAUACAAUUUUUUAUUUUCCCGAGAACUGUGGACAUUAUUGCCUUUUCAGAGCUACAAACAGAGAACGCAUAGAAAAAGACUUCCAAGUGCCGACAAAACCGAGGAUAUUGAGCGAUGGGAAAGCACCACGGCCUUGAGACGACGACGACAAAGAGAACUGAAAACGAAGACAAAACACAAUGACUUGUUUUAUAAUAGUGACCGUAUUCUAUAUGGAACAUGUGUGUUUGCAACAUAUUUCCGAAAGACAGCAACGCAUGUCAGCAGGUGUGAUGCUGAUGAUUGGAGGGGAGAAUGAGUUUCCCGUUCAAACUAUUUGCCCAGAGACACAAAGAACCCCAAUGUAAUCAGAAAUAGUCCUCAUUCGUUCCCUUUGCGCAUGUGUGGGCCCUGUCUCUUGAUAUUGCCCCCAGAUCACAAGUCAUAAACAAUACCAGGAACCACAACAUACCACCAUUUUGAGUUUCUUUCCAUUGUCCACUGUGGUAUACAGUAUCAUAUGACUCCCAUAUACUGUAAGAAAUUGGUAUUGCUUUGCUAUUUCCAAUUUGUGCCCUCCAUUCCCUCUGUUCAACUCACUCUCUUUGUCAUCGUGCUGCACCGUUGCCUCGACAUGACUCAGACACAAUCUCUGCGGCGUGCACUACACACUCAUGCACACGCACAGAAAUGCACACAGUCACACAUGCAGGCACACAGGCAUGUGCACACACACACGGACUCAUCGCACACAAACAAUACACGCAGCCAAUGCAGAUAGUCACACUGCAGAGGUAGUCAUACUGCAGAGGUAGUCACACUGCAGAGGUAGUCAUACUGCAGAGGUAGUCAUACUGCAGAGGUAGUCAUACUGCAGAGGUAGUCAUACUGAGAUGGUGGCAUUGGGAAGAUUUCAAAACAUUCCAGAACAAAUUCAAACUCCCAGUAAAUGUUUUUUACAGGAAUUCUACUCUGAUUUAUUAAAGACUCCGCCCAAAAUGAAACAUUGUCUGACUUUUUCAUAAGUCUGAGGGGUUUGAAGUCUUUUAUGUGACAUUUGUUCCUGGAUUCCCAUUUUGUGAAUUCCGCAAAUAUAAUUUCGAUAAAGGAUAUGGUGCCAAUUAUUCCCAUUAAUUUAGGAUAUAGGCCUGCAGAUUUCCCAAUGAUAACAAACCUCAAUUUUGGGGUGAGCUAAUCCCUGUAACCAUCAGCAGAGGCCGUAUUCAUUUGGCACCAAACGGAACAAAAAGGACUGAAACAGGGAGGGCCUACAUGAACUUGUCCAAUAAGAAACACUCAUUUUCCUUUGCCAUUUUUUCUUCUUAUUUUUGAAAGCGUUUCCCAUCACAUGCCUUAAUUAAUGAAUACAAUCCUUGUAAUGAAAUGAAGGCCAUCCGUGUCCAGAUUGGAUUUGUGGAGCAAAGCUGUACUUUCUCCAUGUGUUCAUUCAAGUUGAUUUAGUCAAUGUACCAUAUCGCAAAUUCAUUGAUGUGGCAUGUAGUGUUGCUCAUUUUCCUUUAGGAUGUUGAAUGUUUUAUACGUUGCCGGUGGUGUCCUUGGGAUUCAUUGUUUUGUCUGCGCUUUUCUACUAAAUUGAUUCAAAUGGGUGGGCGAAAGUGAACUGUGGUCUGUCUGUUGAUGGAUCCGUCUCCUUGACGAUGCCCAAGAGGUGUGCCACUCGUAUGUCAAGAGUGCCUGAAACCAGGCCAUCUUGACAAAGUAUUCGAUUGGAGGCGUCCAGGUGUGUAUUUGUCACAUCCAAUCUAAAACCUGAACCUUUAAUCUGGAGGGACUCUUUCAGGCAUUUGAAUUAAAUCCACUAUUAAGUUGAUUUCAUUCAUCUCUAAAAUUGCUUUUCAAGGCAUCUAUACAAAGUGCCAGUCAAACACCGGAUUUCCGCACAGGAUAUGCAUUCUCCUGCCUUAGUGUACUUGGUUGAAAGUGAAUGACCUAGGCCAUGCAUUUUUACAAUGACGUUAAUGAAAUGGCUGAGCAGAUAGCUUAGUUUGGGUCAAUGAGGGUCUGAGACUGUAGAAGGAACUGUUGUCUAUUUUCAUAAUGCCUUAAUCUAUAUCCCUUACGGCAGCAGGCCACAAAUGCAAAAAAAGGUCCCUUAAGAACAGUGGUAUUCAAACGUUUUCAGUGGGGCACACAUUUUUUCCACCAGAAUUUCUGGGGACACCAUUUUCUUCCCAAGAAUUUCUUGCGACCCCACCUCAAAUAUAAUGGCACAACCUUACAAUCAUUAUGUUUAUUACAUCAACAAUAAACCAUACAUUUAUUGCAUUUUCCUCAUAUACAGAAACCAAUAAAUACAUUUACUCAAUAGAAUUAUAUUUUCUAAUUAUCUUUCUCAGAAAUGUUUUAAUAUUGUUCCAUACAAUAAUCUGUAGUCAUAAUGUUUUGUUCAUAAUAUACAUCUAUACAC